AUGUCGCCCUUCACGUUACCCUUGAUGGUCUGUACCGUCCCAAAUGACUUCAUGGGAAAUGUCAGCCUCUGGAUGUCCUGUGGGAGCCGGCUUCUGGGUGUCUCCAGCUACCCAGAGCCCGACCUGCUGCGGAAGACCACCGGAUGCGGGAUGACCCACAGCCCACAGCCUGCACCCACCGCGGGCACGGCGGCUGAACCCCCACAGCCCCACCACCGCAGGCACGGCGGCCGAACCCCACAGCCUGCACCCACCGCGGGCACGGCAGCCGAACCCCACAGCCUGCACCCACCGAGGGCAUGGCAGCCGAACCCCCACAGCCUGCACCCACUGCGGGCACGGCGGCCGAACCCCCACAGCCUGCACCCACCGCGGGCACGGCGGCUGAACCCCCACAGCCUGCACCCACCGCGGGCACGGCGGCCGAACCCCCACAGCCUGCACCCACCGCGGGCACGGCGGCUGAACCCCCGCAGCCCCACCACCGCGGGCACCGCAGCCGAACCCCCACAGCCUGCACCCACCGCGGGCACGGCAGCCGAACCCCCACAGCCUGCACCCACUGUGGGCACGGCGGCUGAACCCCCACAACCCCACCACCGCGGGCACGGCGGCCGAACCCCACAGCCUGCACCCACCGCGGGCACGCCUGCACCCACCGCGGGCACGGCAGCCGAACCCCCACAGCCUGCACCCACUGUGGGCACGGCAGCCGAACCCCCACAGCCUGCACCCACUGUGGGCACGGCGGCUGAACCCCCACAGCCCCACCACCGCGGGCACGGCGGCCGAACCCCACAGCCUGCACCCACCGCGGGCACGGCGGCUGAACCCCACAGCCUGCACCCACCGCGGGCACGGCAGCCGAACCCCCACAGCCUGCACCCACCGCGGGCACGGCAGCCGAACCCCCACAGCCUGCACCCACUGUGGGCACGGCAGCCGAACCCCACAGCCUGCACCCACCACGGGCACGGCGGCCGAACCCCCACAGCCUGCACCCACCGUGGGCACGGCAGCCGAACCCCCACAGCCUGCACCCACUGUGGGCAUGGCAGCCGAACCCCCACAGCCUGCACCUACCACCGCGGGCACGGCGGCCGAACCCCCACAGCCUGCACCCACCGCGGGCACGGCAGCCGAACCCCACAGCCUGCACCCACCGAGGGCAUGGCAGCCGAACCCCCACAGCCUGCACCCACUGUGGGCAUGGCGGCUGAACCCCACAGUCCCACCACCGCGGGCACAGCAGCCGAACCCCCACAGCCUGCACCCACCACGGGCACGGCAGCCGAACCCCCACAGCCUGCACCCACUGUGGGCACGGCAGCCGAACCCCCACAGCCUGCACCCACCGCGGGCACGGCGGCUGAACCCCCACAGCCUGCACCCACUGUGGGCAUGGCAGCCGAACCCCCACAGCCUGCACCCACUGUGGGCAUGGCGGCUGAACCCCCACAGCCUGCACCCACCGCGGGCACGGCGGCUGAACCCCCACAGCCUGCACCCACCGCGGGCAUGGCGGCCGAACCCCACAGCUUGCACCCACCGCGGGCACGGCGGCUGAACCCCCACAGCCCCAACACCGCGGGCACGGCGGCCGAACCCCCACAGCCUGCACCCACCGCGGGCACGGCGGCCGAACCCCCACAGCUUGUACCCACCGCGGGCACGGCGGCCGAACCCCCACAGCCUGCACCCACCGCGGGCAUGGCGGCCGAACCCCCACAGCCUGCACCCACUGCGGGCACGGCGGCCGUCCCCGGCCCGACUCCAGUGGUGCUGUCCCUCGCGGCAUAG